GUCAAGGAAGGAGACGCAAGGGUUUUAGGGGUUUUUGGAGGUUUUAAGCAGAGCAUAGCAUAGCAUCUGUUCUCUCUUUGGUGCAGUAUCUUGCGACUCAGCCACCAUGUCCACGCCUGCGAAGGAAGAUCCGAAGCUCCAAUCCGAUGCGGAAGCGCAGGAUCUCCCUCCCGAUCCGGCAGGUUCGGAGUCCCCCGGAGCAGAGGAAGAGGAAGAAGAAGGAGAGUGCGGGUUCUGCCUCUUCAUGAAAGGGGGCGGCUGCCGCGACGCCUUCAUCGCAUGGGAGAAGUGCGUCCAAGAAGCGGAGACCAACAACGAUGACCUCCUCGAGAAGUGCGCCCGGGUCACCGCCUCGUUGAAGCAGUGUAUGGAUGCCAACUCCGACUACUACGAGCCCAUCCUCCGCGCCGAGAAGCUCGCCGAGGAACAGGCCGUCGCUGAAUUGGAAAAGGAAAACAUAGUUUCCCAGCAAGACCAAAAGACUGAUCAUGUCGUUGAGGAAGUGGCCACCAUUGAGUUGUUGAAGGAAAGCCAAAAUUUGUCGCUUAAUGAAUCCCAAGCUCCUCCUCCUUCUAGUCAAGACCCAAAGUGAGACAUCAUUUCAUUGCCCUUUUUGGUUUCUCUUAGCCUGCUGUCAUACCUGUUCUGUCAAUGCAAAUAGAUUACAGUCAUUUAUAACUGACACAUUUUUGUCACAAUAAUUGGAAUGACAAAUAUUUUCUUGGAUUCAAAGCUGUAUCAAUUUCCAAUUUUUAGCAUGCGAUAUGGUUGUGUUGUAUCGGAUUUUAUUUUACUGUCUAGUCAGUGAUUCAUACCAUAGUUACAAAAGUGUGUGAUCUAUGCUUGUCUA